UUCACUCCAUACCUUGCUGAAGUGCAAGACCUUAAAAGUUUAGGGGCUGCUUAAAGCCCAGUACUGCUCAGCGCAGUUGUCUUGCCUGUAUCUCCCAGGUCCGUAGGAAAGCACUGUGGCAAGGCACAAAAGCAAGGCUUGGGGCGCAGGGGCUGGAAAGCUUUCCCGUGGAAAGGGACCUGGGAGUGUUAACCAGCAGCCGGCUGAACAUCAGCCAGCAGCGUGCCCAGCUAGCUAAGAAGGACAAGGGCAUCCUGGCCUGUAUCAGGAACAGUGUGGUCUGCAGGGCCAGGGAGGUGAUUGUUCCCCUGUACUGGGCACUGGUGAGGCUCAACCUUGAGUGCCGUGUCGAGGUCUGGGCCUCUCAGUGCAAGAAGGAUCGCAGGGGCCGGAGCGUGUCCAGAGCCGGGCAGCAGCGCUGGGGAAGGGCCUGGAGAACAGGUUGUGUGAAUAGCAGCUGAGGGAGCUGGGGGCGUUUAGCCUAGAGGAGACACGACCACCCUCUACAUGUAGCUAAAGGGGAGUUGUAGGGAGGAGGGGGUUGAUCUUUUCUCUGCGGUAGUGAGUGAAAGAACACGAGGAAAUGGGUUUGGGUCGCAGCAGGGGGCUUUAGGUUGGACAUUAGGAAGAACUUUUUCACCAAGAGGGUGGUUAAACAUUGUAAUGGACUGCCCAGGGAGGCAGCAGCGGUGCAGUCACCGUCCCUAGGGAUAUUGAAAAGACAUCUAGAUGAAGGACGGAGGGAUAUGGUUUAGUUUAGGGAUGGGCUUGGCAGUGUCAGCUUAGUGCUUGGACUCGACGAUCUUCAAGGUCCUGUCCACCCGUAACGAUUUUGUGAUUUCUCAAAAAAUUUCACUGGGACUGUCUGGCACACGCAGAAGAAAAAUUCAUGUGCUGGUUUGUAAUAUACAUGGAACAAAUGUUUCUCUUAACUCGCCCACAAACUCAACUGUGGCCACAGUGCAAACAAGUGACAAUGAAAACAAGUGAGAGACCUGGGGAUGUUCAGCCUGGAGAUGAAGAGGGUGGGGAGAGACACAAUCACACUCUGCAACUCCCUGACAGGAGGCUGUAGUGAGGUUAGGGGUGGGAGUCGGCGUCUUCUCCCCAGUCACGAAUGACAGGACAAGUGGAAGUGGCCUCGGGUUGCUCCAGGGGAGGCUUAGCUGGGAAAUGAGGAAGAACUUUGCCCCCAAGAGGCUUGUUGGACUGGCGUGGGCUGCCCAGGCAGGUGUGGGAGUUCCCAUCCCUGGAGGGAUGCCAAACCAGUAGAGCUGAGGUGCUGAGGGAAAUGGUUCAGUGGCAGGCUUGUCAGUGUGAGGUGAAGGCUUGGACCCGAUGACCUUGAGGGGCUUUUCCAACCAAAAUGAUUCAAUGACUCUGUGAGAGCAGCUGCCGCUGGGACACGGGACACGAAGAUGCUGGGAAGGCCAAGACGCUGCACGAGAGGCGGUUCAGCCUUCCCAUCCUCUGGCCUCCCCUUGCCUGUGGUGCCCCGAGACGGGCCCCGUGGCACUGCAGAGCCGUGUGCCGGGUCCGAGCACCAUGGAGGACCCAGUCCCUUUGUGACAUCACCUCGGACCACACCCCACCUGCUGCUGAUAUCCUGCGCCCAAGGCAGUGGCCUUGCCAGAGGCUCAGGAGCCAGCACCGGGACCGGACAUGGAGCCGGGACCCAGCAGGCACCUGCCUCGCAACGAGACAUUGAUCUUCAACCAGCUUGAUCAGCUGGAACGCCAAAUACUGGCGCUCUGGGCUGAGAAGCAAGAGCUGGAGUGGGAAUUGGAGCGGCAGGACCAACAGCAGCUCCAGCGCAGCUACCAGGGUGCGGCAGAUGGCGUGGGGCCCAGCUCAGCACCCCCCUAUGUGUCUGUGCCCCACGGAGCCCCAGGACCCUUUCCCUUCCCCAACUCUGGUGAGAGCAUGCACGGACCUGCAGUGCCCUUGCCAGAGGCACAGGAGCCAGCACCAGGAGCACCCAUGGAGCCAGGUCCCAGCGGGUACUUGCCUGGCAUCAGGCCCGGACUCUUCACGGUCCUUCAUCAGCUGAGAGCUAUGACAAAUCUGCUGUGGAACAGGAACCAGGAGCUGAGGCGGGAAUUGGAGCGGCGGAACCAACAGCCGUUCCAGCACGGCUACCGCGGCGCAGGGCCCAGCUCAGCACCCGCCUACGUGUCUGUGCCACACAGAACCCCAGGACCCUUCCCUUUCCCCAGCUCUGCUGAGAGCGUGAACAGACCUGCAGUACCCUUGCAGGAGGCACAGGAGCCAGUGCCAGGAGCACCCAUGGAGCCGGGUCCCAGCAGGCGCUGGCCUUGCGUCAGGCCCUGUUUCUACACUUACCUUGAACAACUCAGAGCCAUGACCAGGCUGCUGUGGAAUAGGAACCGAGAGUUGAGGCGGGAAUUGGAGCGGCGGAACCAACAGCCGUUCCAGCACGGCUACCGUGGCGCAAGGCCCAGCUCAGCACCCCCCUAUGUGUCUGUGCCACACAGAGCCCCAGGACCCUUCUCUUUCCCCAGCUCUGCUGAGAACGCAGGCAGCUCUGUAGCGGCCUCGGGCCUGUGGGUGCGGCAGCUGCCAACAUCCACACCUUGUCCUGUUGCCAGCCCAUUGGACUGGGGGCUGACACUGACAGACCAGAGCUGGAACUCCAGAACCCUCUCUAGGGAGCCAAGCUUCAGCCGGCGAGAGAGCUGGCAGCCGAGAUGGCAGCGGCUGCUGGGCGAGAUCGCCUUCCAGCUUGACCGCCGAAUCGUCCACAGCGUCUUCCCCAACGCGGAUCGCUACCGCGGCUUCAGUGCCGCCACCAUCCCCGAGGGAAUCGUGGAGAUGGUCGAGGAGACGGAGCGGGGAGCUAGCCGUGAUCUGAGCGUGGCCGCAAUCUGGAACUAUGAGUUUGUGAUGAGGCGACUGUGGGCACUGGGCUACGUCCCCGAGGUGCACUUGCCCGCAAUCGAGGCCUUCAUCAACACCUACGGCCGCCUGGAGCGGUCGUACUGGUUCCCGGCCGAGCCAAACGUGGCCUUCCUGCGCCACGUGGUCAGCCAGGAGGUGCCGCCGGAUCUGCGGCCCAACGCCAUGGUGCUGCUCGAGUGCCUGCUGCAGCUGGCACAGGAGUACGGGCAGCCCCUCUUCUACUGA